AUGGCUGCUGCACUUUACGAGAGUGACGAUUUAACUCAAUGGACAGUAGCGUUGUCUAGGUACGAGGAUGUUCUAAAAGCAAGAUUUACUGCUACUGGAAAUCGAAAACCAAGGGCUGAUGUCGUAGCUUUAGAUAACUGGUAUCAAAAUCAACUACCUAAGGCUAUCAAUAAAAGGAAAGAGAAACAUAUACUAAAAAGUGAGCUAGUAAAAUUAAUGGAAUGGAAACUCUCGCGAGGUAAAUUUAGACCUGGAUUAGGUCAAAUGAUCAAGAAAAAUGAAGAUAAACAAGUUAUUGAUAUUUCGAAGGAAGCGUUUAGUAAAUUACCCGAUAGACUAGCUGCUUGCAAUAAGCUUACAGAACUAAAAGCUGUCGGCCCAGCGACUGCAUCCGCAAUUUUAUGUGCUGCAUGUCCUGAAUCCGUUCCAUUCAUGGCUGAUGAAUCGAUGGCUGGGGUGGCUAGCCUUGGAAUGAUCAAAUACGAUAUAUCAUAUUUUAACAAGUAUACACAAAAGAUAGUUGAUCGUGCCAAAAAAUUAAAUAAGGCGGAAGAAUCAGACAACUGGAACGCUCAUAAAGUUGAACUAGCUCUCUGGGCAGCUGAAAUUUCUACUAAAUUUAAUAUUCCUCUUGAAAACGUAAACAAACGAAAAGCUGACGGAGAUGGUCAGCAAUUAAUAACGAAAAUGUUGAAAACUUAA